AUGAUAAGAUUGAAGACAGGAAUGAUAAUUAAGAAUUUUACCUGUCCUGGAUUAUACAGAUGUCAAAACUCAACCACGUGCUUGUUAUUUGAUGAGGUGUGUGACAACAUAAGACAAUGUCCACUUUGGGAUGAUGAAGUUGGUUGUGAUGUCACGUGUCCUUCUAACUGCACAUGUGAAGGUUUUGUAUUUAUAUGUCAUCAAGAAAAAGUUAAAACAAUUUUCCGGGAUUUGUCUGUUGAAGUAAGAAAACUAGAUUUGAGCAGCUCAGUAUUUCAGAAUAAUAGUUUUACCAUUCCUGCAUAUACGUACUUGGCUGAACUUAAUUUGUUUAACUGCAGCAUAGAAAAUAUUACGCCAUACUCAUUUGAACAAUUGAUGAACCUCCUCCAUUUAGAUUUGAGCAAUAACAAAUUAGAGGUUCUAAAAAGUUACACGUUCCAUGGUUUAAUCAGACUAGUAACCCUAAACUUAAAAGGCAAUCUGUUGCUGAGAUUUAUCAAACCAAAUGCGUUCUUUGCAUUACCUAAGGUUAAAGAUUUGGAACUGUCUGGAACUAGUAUACAAACACUUUUGAAUGGGACAUUUUAUGGUUUGGACAACCUUGAAACGUUCAACAUAACAGGGAAUGGACUUACAACAGUAGAAGACAACGUAUUUGAUGGACUUGUAUCCAUUCUAACAAUUGAUUUGACACAAAACGAUUUGACAAAAUUUUCUCCUGAUAUUUUUUCCCGUCUUCCUCAUUUGACCAAAAUGCAAACUGAUUCCUAUAUAUUUUGUUGUAUUAAACCAGAAUCUGUUUCCGCAGAGAACUGUUUCCCAAAAAUGAACGAAUUUUCCUCGUGUAGCAAUUUAAUGAGAAACGAUGUAUUACGUGUGUGCCUUUGGAUUAUUGCUAUAAAUGCCUUAAUUGGAAAUGUUGGAGUUAUAAUUUAUCGUGUCAUCAACAAACAAUCGCUACUUUUUAAAUCAAAUUGGUUAUUUAUUAUGAAUCUUGGUGUAUCCGACAUGCUGAUGGGUGUGUACCUAGGGAUUAUUGCUGUCGCUGAUAUGUACUACUCUGGAAACUAUAUUAUACAUGACAGAGAAUGGCGAGAUAGUACUAUAUGUAAAUUUGCAGGUAUCGUUGCAGCAAUGUCAUGUGAGGCAUCUGUUUGUUUUAUCAUGUUAACGACUUUUGACUGCUAUCUCAAGGUAAAGUUCCCAUUUGGCAGAUGGCAGAUAACAUACAAAACCGCGAAGGUCUGCACUUUGGUGUGCUGGCUAUUUGUAAUCAUCAUUGCUGUGGUUCCGAUUUUAGAAACGACAUAUUUUUCAAAUAUGUUUUAUUCAAAAACAGCAGUUUGUUUGGCUCUUCCAUUCUCCCGACAGAAAGUCAGCGGAUGGGAAUAUUCAACAGCUAUUUUCGUGUUCUUCAAUAGUAUUGCGUUUAUUGUAAUAGCUUGGUGUCAAUUGUCUAUUUUUCAAGUAGCUAAAAGUAGCAAUAGAAUAAUGGCGAAGAGGACAAAACAAGACCUAACACUGGCUAGAAGAUUGUUUCUUGUUGUUUUGACAGACUUUCUUUGUUGGUUUCCUGUUGGAGUAAUGGGUAUACUAGCAAUGACUGGUCAAGUAUUUCCGUCAGCAGUGUAUUCCUGGGUAGCGGUAUUUGUGAUGCCACUGAACGCAGCUUUAAACCCAUUUCUUUACACGUUUUCAACAUUAAAAGAGAAACCAAACAUUAUGGCAAAGAUGUCUGUCAAAAUAUUUCAGUUUUCCAAAGUUAAAGACCGACGUAAAGCUGCAUCUGAUGAAAUGUUCAUGUCCUCAGUAUUUAUCAACAAUUACAAGAUGCUUGAGAUGAAGCACACAACUCUUCGAGAACUGUUUGCUACGAGAAAACUAACCGUUCGGGAGAGUAUUCGUCUUGUCUCACAACUUGCCGCUGGAAUAGCAUACUUACAUCAUCGUUAUUUGACACUUUGCAAACCAGUUUCUUUGGAUACUUUAGUUGUCGUCAUGGAUGGAGAGACCAUCGAACGAAUAAAGGUGAUUUCUAAAAUAAAGAAUAUUAGAAAUGAACUGGAUACUGCCCAGGAUGUAGAUAACAUCGGACAGAUAACUAAACUGGUAAUCAGGAAUACAAGAAAACUGCCAGCAGAUGGACAUAAACCAUGAUCUAACAGAUUGUACCUUUUUUUAUUUUAUGUGAUGUUCGUAUAUUUGUCUGUGUUACAUAUUUUUUAUUUAUGUAUAUUUAUGUAGAAUUACGUAUCAAUUAAACGUAGUAUACUAUUUCAGCUGCAUCUGAUGAAAUGUUCAUGUCCUCAGUAUUUAUCAACAAUUACAAGAUGCUUGAGAUGAAGCACACAACUCUUCGAGAACUGUUUGCAACGAGGAAAUUUUCCAUUCAGGAGAGUAUUCGUCUGGUCUCACAACUUGCAGCUGGAAUAGCAUACUUACAUCAUCGUUAUUUGACAUUUUGCCAACCAGUUUCUUUGGAUACUUUAGUUGUCGUCAUGGAAGGAAAGACCAUCGAACGAAUAAAGGUGAUUUCUAAAAUAAAGAAUAUUAGAAAUGAACUGGAUACUACCCAGGAUGUAGAUAACAUCGGACAGAUAACUAAAGUGGUAAUCAGGAAUACAAGAAAACUGCCAGAAGAUGGACAUAAACCAUGAUCUAACAGAGUGUACAUUUUUUGAUAUUAUAUGUUGUUCGUAUAUUUGUUUGUGUAACAUCUUUUUUAUUUAUUUAUAUAUAUGUAAAGUUACGUAUAGAUUAAACGUAGUAUACUUUUUUCAGCUGCAUCUGAUGAAAUGUUCACGUCCUCAGUAUUUAUCAACAAUUACAAGAUGCUUCAGAUGAAGCACACAACUCUUCGAGAACUGUUUGCAACGAGGAGACUUUCCAUUCUGGCGAGUAUUCGUCUGGUCUCACAACUUGCAGCUGGAAAAGCAUACUUACAUCAUCGUUAUUUGACACUUUGGCAACCAGUUCCUUUGGAUACUUUAGUUGUCGUCAUGGAUGGAAAGACCAUUGAACGAAUAAAAGUGAUUUCUGAAAUAAAGAAUAUUAGAAAUGAACUGGAUAGAUGUAGAUAACAUCGGACAGAUAACUAAACUGGUAAUCAUGAAUACAAGAAAACUGCCAGAAGAUGGACAUAAACCAUGAUCUAACAGAUUGUACAUUUUUUUUAUUGUAUGUGAUGUUCGUUUAUUUGUUUGUGUAACAUUUUUUAAAUUUAUGUAAAUGAUAAUAGAAAUCGUAUCCAACCAAAUACACUGAUCAUGCAAACACUGAAGACAAUAGAAUAAACACAGCAGGAAUUUAACCUAAGACUACAAAUAAAAAACGUUCUCUUUUAAAUGAUAAGUAUUCGAUUGGUUAGUGUGAUUGUUCAGCCCUAUAUCUGUAAAUGAUAUUUUUAUUAUUCUUUGUAAUAAUAGAUUUGGUAUGUUUUCUGGUAUGUGCGUCCGUCCGUCUGUCCGUUCGUCCGUCUGUCCCGCUUCAGAUUAAAUGUUUUGGUCGAAGUAGUUUUUAAAGAAGUUGAAGUUCAAUCAAUUUGAAACUUAGUACACAUGUUCCCUGUGAUAUGAUCCUUCUAAUUUUUAUGCCAAAUUAUAGUUUUUACUCUAUUUUCUCAGUUCACUGAACAUAGAAAAAGAUUUUACAGAUGGGACACCCGUGUACUGUUUUAAGUAAGUUCAAUUUUCUUCUUUGGUUUUGUUAAGAUGAUUUACUUGAUCAUCUGGUUUUGACACGAGAAAGAAUACUUUUGAAGCUAUUAACAUAGUACAUACAUAAGCGUCGUCCCUUUUAUUUAUCUUAACCUUAUAAAUCUUAAAUGAUAAUUGUGCUGAUGUAAACCCGUGAUACACUGCUGGCAAAGUAUUCAAGAGUACUUAUAAUGUUUUAUUUUUAUUAAUGUUAUUUGCAUAAUUAUGUCUAUUAUAAUAUAUCUGUCACAUUGAAUGUUGUACAAUAUCUCAUGUUUGUUGAUUAUAUUGUCAUAUUUAAUAAAAAAAAAUGUUUAUU